UGAGCAGCGGGAGCGGGCGGCAGGUUCGGAACCGGGAUUGUCCGGGACAAACAAAGAGACCCGCCCGGGACCGGGAGCGGGAGCGGGACCGGGAGCGGGACGCGGCUCCAUUGUUGCCGAGUUGGGCUCCGCGAUGCCGGGAUCUCGGGCUGGGAGCCGGGGCUUGAGGAAGCAGUGACCGGGGAGCCGCUGCCCCCGGGGCCCAGGCUCGGAUCCCCGGGCUCCCGGUGAAUGGGGAUCGGGGGCCAUGAGCUCCGCUGAGCAGACGGUGACCUGGCUCAUCAGCCUCGGGGUCCUGGACUCCCCCAAGAAAACCGUGUCGGACCCCGAGGCUUUCCUGCAGAACUCGCUGAGGGACGGGCUGGUCCUGUGCCGCCUCCUGGAGCGUCUGGUGCCGGGAUCCAUCGACAGGAUACAUCAGGAGCCCAAAUCUGAAGCAGAAUGCCUGAGCAACAUCAAAGAGUUUUUGAAAGGCUGUGGGGCGCUUCGCGUGGAGACUUUUGAUGCCAAUGACCUUUAUCAAGGACAGAACUUCAACAAGAUUCUUAGUUCGUUGGUGGCUUUGAACAAAGUAACUGCAGAUAUCGGCGUUGGAAGUGAUUCAAUAUGUGCCCGCCACCAGUCCCAUCAUAUCAAGUCAGUUGAUUCUCUGACAGGAUCACAUUUAUCACUUGGAAGAACUUCAAAAAACUUCCCUGGAAAAUAUCGAAGUUUGGACAUGACUGAUAACAGUAAUCAUCACAUGUUGGUGAAAGCAAAAUUCAACUUUUAUCAGACCAAUGAGGAUGAGCUCUGCUUUACCAAGGGUGAUGUUAUCCAUGUGACCAGAAUUGAGGAAGGGGGAUGGUGGGAGGGGACACUAAACGGCAAAACUGGAUGGUUCCCCAGCAAUUACGUGCGAGAAAUAAAACCUAAUGAGAAGCCGGUCUCGCCAAAGUCAGCAACUUUGAAAAGUUCUCCAAAAGGAUUCGAAACUCCUCCAAUUAGCAAAAGCUAUUAUAAUGUGGUGCUACAGAAUAUUCUGGAAAUAGAAUGCGAUUAUGCGGAGGAGCUAACGAUACUUCUGUCAACCUUCCUGAGACCUCUGCAAGCCAGCGAUAAAUUGAGUUCUACUGACAUGGGAUAUUUGCUGGGCAAUCUGGAGGACAUUUGCUCUUUCCAGCAAAUCCUUGUUCAGUCUUUAGAAGAAUGCAUCAAGUUACCGGAGUCCCAGCAGAAGGUUGGAGGAUGCUUCGGAAACCUAAUGUCCCAAAUGAAAAGCCUGUACCUUGCAUACUGUGCCAAUCAUCCCUGUGCUGUCCAUGUCCUCACAGAAUUCAGUGAGGAGUUGGGAGAAUUUAUGGAAAUGAAAGGAGCAGCCAGCCCUGGGAUUCUCAUGCUGACCACAAGCCUCAGCAAGCCAUUCAUGAGGCUGGACAAAUACCCAACAUUGCUUAAAGAGCUUGAGCGCCACAUGGAGGAAUAUCACCCAGAUUGGCAUGACAUUCAGAGAUCCAUGACUGCUUUCAAGAGUCUCUCGUCACAGUGUCAAGAAGUGCGGAAGAAGAAGGAGCUGGAACUGCAGAUCCUGACGGAAACAGUCCACGGUUGGGAAGGUGAAGAUAUCCGAUCUCUGGGGAAUGUUAUCCACAUGUCGCAGGUCACAGUGCAGUGUGGAAAUGAGGAAAAGUGUGAGAGGUAUUUUCUCCUGUUCCCACAUGUCCUGCUCAUGCUCUCUGCCAGCCCCAGGAUGAGUGCUUUCAUUUAUCAGGGAAAAUUGCCAUUAACAGGACUGACAGUUACCAGGUUAGACGAUAGUGAUGCUGACAAGAACACCUUUGAAAUUACCGGAAGUAUGAUCGAACGGAUUUUGGUGUCCUGUUCCAGCCACCACGAUUUGCAGGAAUGGGUGGAUCACCUUCAGAAGCAAACUAAAACACCCAGUGUGGGAAUUGCUGUGGUCAGACAGCAGUCUGUACCAUGCCACACACUUCCACUACAUCCUGUGACACCUAUCAACAAGCAUUCUGAUGGUUAUCCAAUAUCCGUGACUCCUUCCUAUCAUACUCUUCCACAUCCUUCUCUGCAUGGGACCUCACACAGCUCUCUGUGCUGGGGACCUCUGGAACCACCCAAAAUGCCAAAGCCUUGGAGUUUGAGCUGUCUCCGCCCUGCAGCUCCACUGAAACCUUCAGCCGCUCUGUGUUACAAGGAGGACCUCAGCAAGAGCCCUAAAACCAUGAAGAAGCUACUUCCCAAACGGAAACCAGAAAGGAAAGCAUCCGAUGAGGAAGUUGCAUUGAGGAAGAGUACAGCGGCUCUUGAAGAAGACACACAGAUCUUGAAAGUUAUCGAAGCGUACUGCACUAGUGCCAAAACUCGCCAAACUCUGAACUCAACUUCCUAGUGACAUUGUCACCUCAGAAAUCGCCUGAUGUAAGCUACACGUUUCUGCACUUAUCUCAGCAAAGCCUUGGUUCCAGAGGGUAGAGGAAUUCGCUUUCUUUUUCGUUGAAGUGGAGAAGUUAAUGGAAGAAAAUGAUUAAUUACGUUUAAAAGAUUUCCUGGAUAAUGUAACUAACAUCUCCGCCUCGGAGUGUUUUAACUCGCAAGGUCAGACUUUACAGUAAAAAAAAGAGGCCAUUUGGUUAAUCGUGCCUGUACUGGCUCUCUGAAAGAGCUAUCCAAUUAUUCCCACUCCCCCAUGCUUUCCCCAUAGCUAUGCAAUCAUUUUGUUCCUUAUAUGUUGUUCUCUUGGGUUGACUAAUCUGAUAACUACAGUAAAUUGUAACAAGAAAACUAGUUCAUAUCAUUGAGUGCUUCUCAGGUUACUCUUGACUGCAUUGGUGUAAUAGCUGCACAAUUUAACAAAACUGUACAUGGCUCACAAAAGUUGGAACUGAUAAAGGUUGGUUAAUUUACAUUUUCAAAGUGUAAAUCUGUCCUUUAUUUAAAUGUUCUGCUAGUGAUUUGUGUCAUAGUAAAGUGAUGCUGCCUGUUGUGCAUCAGGCUGAAGUGAUGCUGCCUGUUGUGGGUCAGUAUGAAGUGUUGCUGCCUGUUCAUCAGGCUGAAGUGAUGCUGCCUGUUGUGGGUCAGUAUGAAGUGUUGCCACCUGUAGGGGUCAGUAUGAAGUGUUGCCGCCUGUUGUGGGUCAGUAUGAAGUGUUGCUGCCUGUUGUGGGUCAGUAUGAAGUGUUGCUGCCUGUUGUGGGUCAGGGUGAAGUGUUGCUGCCUGUUGUGGGUCAGGGUGAAGUGUUGCUGCCUGUUGUGGGUCAGGGUGAAGUGUUGCUGCCUGUUGUGGGUCAGGGUGAAGUGUUGCUGCCUGUUGUGGGUCAGUGUGAAGUGAUGCUGCCUGUUGUGGGUCAGUGUGAAGUGUUGCUGCCUGUUGUGGGUCAGUGUGAAGUGUUGCUGCCUGUUGUGGGUCAGUGUGAAGUGUUGCUGCCUGUUGUGGGUCAGUGUGAAGUGUUGCUGCCUGUUGUGGGUCAGUGUGAAGUGUUGCUGCCUGUUGUGGGUCAGGGUGAAGUGUUGCUGCCUGUUGUGGGUCAGGGUGAAGUGUUGCUGCCUGUUGUGGGUCAGGGUGAAGUGUUGCUGCCUGUUGUGGGUCAGGGUGAAGUGUUGCUGCCUGUUGUGUGUCCGGGUGAAGUGAUACUGCCUGUUGUGGGUCAGGGUGAAGUAACGCGGCCUGUUGUACAUCAGUAUGAAGUGAUGCCUUUUGUGUGUCCAACUGAAGUAAUGCUACUUUUUGUGGGUCAGUGUGAAGUGACGCUUGUUGUGUGUCCACAUGAACUCAUGCUGCCUAUUGUGGGUCUGAGUGAACUCAUGCUGCCUGUUGUGGGUCAGGGUGAAGUGAUGCUGCCUGUUGUGUGUCAGGGUGAAGUGAUGCUGCCUGUUGUGUGUCAGGGUGAAGUGAUGCUGCCUGUCCUAUGGUGGGGUGAUGUGAUGCUGCCUGUUGUGGGUCACAGUGAUGUGACGCUGCCUGUUAUGGGUCAGGGUGAAAUGACACUGCCUGUUGUGGGUUGAGGUGAAGUGAAUACAGCCUGUUGUGGGUCAGGGGCUAGUGAUACUGCUAGAUUUAAGUUUUCUUUAAUUGUUUAAUUAAUUUUAAUAAUAAUUAGCAAAAUGGUGGGGAGGAAUCUGUCAAUAUCUUGAUGUGUUCCUCCAGCCACUGAGGCUCCUUGCUGACAGUGUCCACCCAGAGAACUGAAACAAUGGUGCGAAGCAGAACUGCAUUCACAUUGACACACACUUUUCAUUUAAAUAUGUCCCAAGUUAUAAAAACAACUUUUCAUUUACAUAGCACCUUCUACAUAGUAAAACAUUACUGCAGUGGAUUCCCGCAAUGCAUAAUCAGCCAAAAAUUGACACUGAGCCAAAGAAUGCGGCAUUUGGAGCAGUGACCGAAAGCUUGGUCAAAGAGGUCGAUUUUACGAAGCCUCUGUGUGCUGGAGGGACAGGUGGUGAAGCAGAGAGGUUCAGGGAGGGAAUUCCAGAACUUCGAGUUGAGGCAGCUGAAGGUAUGGCUGCCAGUGGUGAAGUGAUUAAAAUUGGGAUACGCCCUGGAGUUGGUAGAUGACAGAGAUCUCAGAGUCUGAGGUGGUUGCGGAGAUUUGGAGGGAGGGUAGGUCAGAAAGCAGAGGGAUGAUGGGUGAACAGGACUCGGUGCAAGUUAGAGUAUGGGAAGGAUUUUGGAUAAGCUCAAAGAGAUGGAAGAUAUAAGAUAGGCCAGAAGAGCAGAUUUUAUGCUUUUUUGUUUUUGAAAUAUCUUCUCUGUCCUCAAUGCAAAUAUUGAAGUGAUUGGCUUUAAAAUAGUUGUAAGAUGACGUGAAUUGUUUCUUAUCCAGUGUUUAAUUGGCUUAAAGGUUAAAAAUGUGGCAUUUCUUUAAUCUCUCCAGUGUUUGAAUGCCUUGAAAUCCUGUAACCUUUGCCUUUGUUGAAAAUAAACUGUCAUUAUUUUGCAUGCUUCAUAAAUUGCUUUGUGUGUAGUUAAAGACUCUGAUCAAAGCAAUUCUUAAAGAAAGAAGUUACAUUUGAAUUAUGCAUUACAUUUUUACCACGUGGGUAACUUUUAUAUUCUACUGAGCAAAAGGAGCAAGACUGAAAUACCAUGAACUUCAAGAACAGUGUUUAUGAAAGAGUGGUUAAACUCCUUACUUUAUAAGGAGUGUUUGUUUACUGUUAAAUCUCAGGCUGGUGAUUCAGGCAACUUAAUAAAAAAUAUUCCCGAAACACCAAAGCCUUGCAUUGAAUUUUUCCAUUGAUCUGAUUUCUUUAAUUCACAUGAUAUAUAACUCUUUCUAAGAACUUGCAGCCAAACAGAGUAACUUAUUAUUUGACAACAGAAUUAAUAGACUUAUUAGAAAAUAGUUUUUCAGUACUUUCAUUUAUUCAGGGUGCUUGAUAAGAGGUCAUUAUUUAUUGGAAUGCUUGUCAAUGAUAUUGUGUGAUGUUUUUGUAAUUGGUACAAAGCAACUGUUCAGAUCACUGUUUCACAAUGAAGGUUACUGUCUAAGGAUAGAACCUGUGCAGCCAGCAUUGACUAACUGUUCACUGUUUGCUGCAUCUGGUCAAAAUUUCAACAGCCACUGUGUUCAGCUCUUUUUCAAUGCAAUUGUUUUAUUUCUGUAUCAAGCAGAAUGGUUAGUUUUUCCUGAUGAUUCUUGGCAUGUAAUUAACUCUGUGGCACAUGCAAGCCUCAUCUGUGGGGAAAGGCUGACCUCCCACCUCAGUGUCUUUUUUGGGAUUUAUUGGAAUUGCGUGUAGGCCAGAUCAGGUUAAGUAAGGAUUCCCUUUCCUGAAGAACUUGAGUGAAGUGGUUGAGUUUUUAUGACAAUCCAACACAUUUCAGGGGAAAUUUUUCGGAUGCCAGCCCAGAAGUGACAUUUCUUGAAUUCACUUCACACCUCGUCCUGGUCAUCCUUGAACUCACGAUCUCUGGGUUAUUGGCCCAGUGCAAGAAAGACUAGGUUAACCAAUUUAUAACCAAUGGCCCAGCACAGAGGAUUGUAAUAAUGAGGGCAGGUACACAGCUGGAAGAUGGUGCAUCGGAUGUUGAGCUCUCUCUGAUGUCCUGCUGUGCACUCCCCUCACGCACGGUGCUGUGCCAGGAACCCUAACUCAUAGUCUACACCUGAAAAACUUCUUGCAAGUUGAUUUUACCAUUCUGCUUAAACCAGUCACAUUACAAAACAAUGCUUAGGAAUGUGGUAAAUUCAACUCCAAAUAAUGUUUUCAGAGACUGUGUUAAAGUGUGAAACUCGGAUAUAAAGCUGCUUCCUUUUGGCAGAAGUGUCUAACAUUUAUGAAUUUGGAGGCUAAACUUGUUAAAUUUAAAUCCACGUCCCCAUUAAUACCCUUAUAUGUUGAGCUCCUGGCACUAACCGAUCCCAAUUAUUAGAAGUGAUCCAUGAAAGAGGCUCUAGUGCUUCCUCGAAAUGUCUUUGUGAGGGUGCUGUUUGCCCCCUCUUCGAGAAUAUUCUUGGCAAUAAUUGCCCUUGGUUGGCCACCACCGAAGCUUAGCUGUUAGGGGGGCCUUUCACCUCUGGGACAGGCACUCAGUUCCCACCCAGAUGGCAGGGUGUCCGCUGGCUGUGCCAUUCCUACACUUGGCUAGUAGUUCUUGGUAAGCGGAGAUUACAGUGUGACACUGGCCCCAGCAGAUUGUGAUGGUAACCAAUCUUGGGUGUGCUGAUUUAGGAUUCAUUCACAAGUGAGGCAGCGGCACUAAAAAAACAGCCGAUUCUGAACCUCUAGGCCCAAAAAAAUUCAAAGUAGCCAAACCAGGGGAGAGGUGAAAUAUUUAGUUAGACCUGUGGACUGUCUGGGGUUGUUUGGUUCAGUUGGGGCUCACAGUUAAAUGCAGCCGCAAGGCUGUAGUUUGGAUGCCCCUGAUUCAUGGGGUUUAAAGUAUAAGUACUGUUCUGCUGUUUUAAUUGUUCAUUUGAUGUAAUUAAAAGUGAUUGCUGCUCAAUUAUCCAAUUUCUUUAUAUUGAAGAAUUAAGCCUUGCCGUUGUGUAUAAACAGUGAUGAUUCAAGGUCAUUGACUUGACUAGUUAUACCAGGAGGGUAUAAUGGAAAGUUUUUGGUUAACUAGAGCUGAAUAUUUUCCAAUUAUUAUUAUUAUUAGCUGAAAGGUAAAAUGAGUGAAUGAUUUAUUACUAUGGUUUAGGAAGAGCCUGGUAGCAUGAGGUGAGAUUGGACAACUUGCCUUGUUGCACAAGGCAACUUUCUACCAAACACAACAUGGUGUGUCCUGUUGUAUGCUCGAUAGCUUCUGUACUGUGCAAUUUGUGUCAGUGAUGGGUGAUUGUUGGUGAAAACCAGCUAUAAGGGUAAAUGCCUUUAAAUAAACAAUCUGUGUAUAUCUGAGUGCUGCAUAUGUACAGUCUGUGUAUUGUUGCCUCCUUGUGAUUUGCAUUAUAUCACACCCAAGUGUUAGUUUUAUAAAUAAUUUCAUUUCCGUUGUAAAAUACAGUUUAAAUAAAAUAUGCCUUUAUAAGAGCA